AUCUCCAAUACUUAAAAGGUUGGGACAUUGUAGAUAUUUAAUAUAUUUUUUGAUGAUGCAUUGCAUUCAAAUGUCGAACCCUAACACUAUAAUGUAGAAUAGCAUAACUGUCUUCAUAAGAGAAGAUGAAAUAGUUAUUAUAUCAGACAUGUUUUGCAGAAGCAUACCGUAUAUAAACUGCACAAUGAUUCUAAAGGCUUAUUUUUUUAAAUUAAAUAAAAUAAAAGAGAGGUUCUCAGAUUGCAGUUCUCUUCUCUUUCCCAUUUUGAGUGGUGUGUCAGAUAUUUUUUUUCUAAAUUCUUCUAUGCAACUGCAUUAAAAUGUGACUUGUGUGACUUUGCUGAAACACAGCAAAUAUAGUAAUAUUCCCCUAUACCUCUUCACUAAAAACAGGCUCUCAGGUGAUAUAUUACACUCUAGAUAGUUGCUCAAUCAUGGAAGGCAGGUUAGUGAGGUUGCUUCUCCUCACUAACCACCCACCCAGCCAUAUAUGCAUGCCUGCCCUCUUGGCUUCUUGCAGCUCAGCUCCCUCCGCCCCCCCUCAGGCAUCCAACCCCAUCCUUUUACUACUGACAUACAUCUGAGGAGGACCCCCGCACCUUUUGUGCUGGGCUCCUUUUGUUAGCUGGUCACAGCAGUAGCCCGCAGGAGCACAUCAGCCAUGUUUUUUUUUUUUUUUUUUUUUGUGAUUGGAGCAAGGGGCAUAAAAUAAGAAACAAAAAUAUUAAAUUUAUGUUAAUUGAUUAUUUAGAAAAACCCUUUGUGGUAAAUGUGGCUGUGUUUACAAACAGCUGAAACGGUAUUUUGCUGUCUUACUAAAUACGUUUUUUUUAAAAUAUAUUUUAUUUUUUUAUUUAUGUAUUUGUGUAAAUAUCUAUAUUUUUAUGUAUGGUGUGAAGCUGCAGCAUCACCAAGGUGAACUGCAGAUAACCUCAUGACGUUGCGCACAUAGUAUUGCCUGCCUAUAUAAAAUUCACGGUGGCCGCGUGUAUCUGCUGGUGCUCUGAGCCGCUGAUAAGGCUUUGCAGAUCAUCUGACUUCAGUCUAGAUGAAGGAUGAGCUUCUCGGGCAGAGACAUUGUCCAUCCUGCUGAUGCUCUCUCCUCGUCUCAUCGUAAACUCUUGUGCACCCUCUGGUGCUUGCUAGUCUCCCAAACUUCUUUGUGUAGCCUGCUUUGCAGAUUGUCUUCCUUGUCUGUGUGGUUGCUCAUUAUUCAGAGACAGACGGAUCUCAGGUCAUCUGCAGCUGCAGCGAAGGAGAAGCAGGAAAGAUGGCGAUCAUCCAUUAGACCGACCGGGCGCACGCAUGAAAUACGAGGACAACUUUCGGGAGGAUCGCUCGAGGAGAAGAUUGUACCAGUUUCCCUGAUUUUUCCAGGGAGUUCUCCCCCUUUUCAGUGAUGGAGGGGUUGCAGUGUGAUGGCUGUGACUUCCGUGCCGAGUCAUACGAGGACUUGAAGACACACAUUCAGGAAGUGCACACUGUUUUCCUGCAGCCAUCAGAUGCAGAUGAGUCGGACUCCCUGAGAGGAGAGGAUGAAGAGGAAGAGGAGGAAAAUGAGGAUAAGGAAGACAAGGAUGACAAAGAUUACACGCCUCCUAAAGCUGGAAUAAGUCCCAACUCUUCUGAAGGGCCCAACAAGACAUCACAGAAACCAACUACUGAAACCCAUCUCCCUUUUUACCAAUGCCAGUUCUGCGUCCGUUACUUUCGGUCAAAGUCGUUCUUGAGAAAUCACACCAAAAAGGUCCAUAAUGUCACAGAGGAAAAAUCAGAUGCAAGAGUCUCCUCAGACAACGCUAAGCAGGCCAGCUACACUGUAAUAAUGCACAACGAUCAUUCAAAAGUGUAUUCCUGUCAGUAUUGCACAUACAAGUCUCCCCGCAAAGCAAGGAUCGUAAAACACCAACUGAUGUAUCACAACAAAGUUCCCUCUCGUAGCGGCAAAGCUCAGCCGGAGGGCACAGAGGCUGGGGAGGAAUCUGGAACAGGUGCGGAACUCGUCAAGGGAACUUUUCCCUGCGAAUGGUGUGACUACCAGACUGACCAGAAGGACAGCUGGACUGACCAUGUGGUAAAGGAACACAGUGAUAAGGUGAAGAUCGUUUCCGGCCCUGAAAAUCUAGAAGGAGAACCAAGUGCAAGCUCACCCAAGCCCAGCUCUCCAGCCUCUUCCUCUAGCCCAACGAGAUCAAAUAUGACUUUCACCGGAAAUGAAGUUUCAGUGGAGAACCCAGAACAAAUGGUGGAAAAGUCAGUUGCAGAAAUCUCAUCCAUUCAAUACGCACAGAUUAGCGCAGUCACUCCCAACAGCACUGGUUCUUCUAUUUUGUCAAAAAGAUUCGCCUCCACUGAUGUCUCCAACAGCGUCUCACAUGUGGACACCAACUUGGUCAAUGAGGAUGACUCCAGGAGCAGCUUGGAGGAUGACGACGAUGAAGAAGAAGUGGGCGAUAUAGACGAUCCCAGCUAUACGGGAAUCCUCUCCGCAGACGCAAAGCAACUGUUAACAGAUGGCGAUAAUAAAUUACUGGAAACUAAAGGGAUCCCGUUCAGAAGGUACAUGAACCGAUUCCAGUGCCCCUUCUGCUCCUUCCUUACGAUGCACAGGCGGAGCAUCUCCCGCCACAUCGAAAACAUUCACCUCUCUGGCAAAACAACAGUGUACAAAUGCGAUGAAUGCCCCUUUAUUUGCACCAGCCCUUUGAAGCUCGGCACGCACAAGCAGAGCCACAAUCCCUCAGAUUUAGAGACAUUGGACCUUACAGGGGAUAGCCCAGUCUCUCAGAACGACGGUGCCACAGAGCCGCUUAACGGGGGCAAUGUAAGCUCCAGAGUAAAUGGGAAGAAGGCAACCAGCACAUCUAAUGACCAGCAGAACUCUCAUCGCUGCACGCUCUGCAGCUUCUCUACCACCACUCUAAAAGGUCUGAGAGUCCACCAGCAGCACAAGCACUCCUACUGUGAUGACCUCGAUUCCACUGUCUUUGAAGCCCAGACGAGCGACCAGCCAGACGCUGAAGUGGAAGCUUCUCCAGUGUUCCUGCAAAAAACCCAGACGUCCAUAUUGGGAUCCACCACCAAGAAAACAUUAGUUGCAGGAAAAAGAGCCAGGAAGUCCAUAAAUGACCUUCCUUUGGAUCUGUCCUCUGUCAAAAAGAGAACUAGAAUUGAUGAGAUUGCCAGCAACCUUCAAAGCAAAAUAAGCCAAAGCCAGCAGGACAUGAUCAUUAACCUGGAUGACAUGGACGACGAAUACAACGGGGAAAAUAACGGCAGUGGUGAUGAGAGUAAAACCAACGACAACAGGAACCCGAUCUUUGCUUACAACACGCAUCUGUUCAAUCAAGAAUCCUCAGUCUCUCAAGAAGUAGGCAGAACAGGGAAAAGAAAAAACAACCCCAAGUUAAAACAGAGAAACAUUCCAAUAUCUCUGACUCUGUCUGAUGACAGUGAAAACAUUUCAGCUGAUCCCAGUGACGGCACCAUCCACGAGAACAUGGACUAUUCAGAUGAUUCUGGAACCAUGCGCUUCUACUGUAAACACUGUGAAUACCACAACAAAUCAGCUCGAAGUGUCAGCACUCACUAUCAGAGGAUGCACCCUUACAUCAAGUUCAGCUUUAAGUAUAUCCUGGAUCCUGAAGACCAGAGUGCUGUUUUCCGCUGUUUAGAGUGCUACAUUGAGUACACGAAUUACAAUGACUUGCACCAACACUACAUGGAUCACCACCCGGAAGCAAGCAACGUGCUUAAUUUUAACCAACCGCAUCUUUUGUACAUGUGCCGCUUUUGCUCAUACACAAGCCCCAACGUCAGGAGCCUGAUGCCUCAUUACCAAAGAAUGCACCCCACCGUAAAAAUCAACAAUGCCAUGAUCUUCUCCAGCUACAUUGUAGAGCAAAGUCACAAGACCAGUGAAUCGCAAACCCUUCGGGAGAUAUUAAACUCUGGCCCCAAAAGUUUUAACUCUUCUUCUUCAGUGCCCAGGUCCUCCUCAAGCCCUGUGCCAAAAACGGCUCCAAAGUCUCCAGAGGCCAGUGGUGAGACAGAAUCUCUAAAAGAAACCGUCAGCAAUGUGGUUGUCUAUGACUGUGAUGUGUGCUCCUUUUCCAGUGCCAACAUGCACUCAGUGUUGGUCCACUACCAAAAGAAACACCCAGAGCAAAAGGCAUCUUAUUUCCGUAUACAAAAAACAAUGAAGGUGGUGUCAGUUGAUCCGUCACAUCCUUUAGCAAACUCCUCCUUCAGCCCUGCCAUCUCCAGCACUCCUAAACAAUCCAAUGUAACUCCAUCUGUGUAUGGAUCAGAUGAAGAAAUGUACUACUGUAAACACUGCGUGUACAGCAACAAGUCUGUGGUUGGUGUGCUGGUCCAUUACCAAAAAAGACACCCGGAAGUGAAAGUGACAGCUAAAUACAUCAAGCAUGGUCCUCCCACUCCUGGUCUAAUGAAAUUAAUGGAUGAACUGCAAAUUGCUGCUCCCAAGCAGUUUUUGAAGCAGUUUCAAAAUAAUGGCCACGAUGGCUCGAAAAACUCCAAACUAGGUGGUGGUGAAAAAGGGGAAGAAGAACUGUUCUUUUGCCAGCACUGUGAUUACGGUAACCGGACUGUAAAAGGAGUGCUUAUCCACUAUCAGAAAAAGCACAGGGAAACCAAGGCCAACGCCGACCUGGUGCGCCGUCACACUGCAGUGGUGAGGAGCCAGCGCGAACGAGCACAGAUGGUCCAGUCUGGCAGUACUUCCUCCACUGCGAUCUCGGCUUCUGCUGAUCACGAAAAUGCGACGCCUAUGCGUUCACUGAAGUGCAGACACUGUCCAUAUACAACCCCCUACGUUUACGCCCUGAAGAAGCAUCUGAAGAAGGAGCACCCUACUGUCAAAGCAACAGCCAUGACCAUUUUACAUUGGGCUUACCAAGAUGGCAUUCUGGAGGCAGGUUAUCACUGCGAGUGGUGCAUCUAUUCUCAUGCAGAUCCCCAGGGCCUUUUGCUUCACUACCAAAGACGCCACCCUGAGCAUAAUGUUGAUUACGCAUACAUGGCCAGCAAGCUGUGGGCAGGCCCAGAAACCACCCAGCAAGGAAAUACGGAUACAAAACAUUACAAAUGUAAAGAUUGUGCCUUUGAGGCUUGCUCUAUAUGGGACAUUACAAGUCACUACCAGGCCGUCCACCCCUGGGCUAUCAAAGAGGAUGAAUCUGUGCUUUUGGAUAUCAUCAAAGGUGAUGGCACUGUUGAAAGUUUCCAGCAGCAGGUUACAAAGGAGCCUGGACUUCUGAAUUGCCAGUCUGAUGAAGGAGUACUAGUUAUUGCCACCCCACCUCAAGAAACCCAGUCCCACCCACGUCUUUCUAUUUCUAACAAUCCUUAUCAAUGUACUGUGUGUCUGUCAGAGUACAACAGCCUCCAUGGCCUCCUCACUCACUAUGGCAAGAAGCACCCAGGCAUGAAAGUAAAAGCUGCAGAUUUUGCACAAGAGGCAGACAUCAACCCCAGCUCCGUUUAUAAAUGCCGGCACUGUCCGUAUGUAAACUCCCGCAUUCACGGAGUCCUCACUCACUAUCAGAAACGGCACCCCUUGGUGAAGGUAACCGCCGAGGACUUUGCAGACGAUAUAGAGCAAAUCUCUGAAUUGCACGAAGGAGACGACAAGUUCAAAACUCAGAGGCAGGGCUACGGUGCCUACAGAUGCAAGAUGUGUCCAUACACCCAUGGGACACUUGAGAAACUUAAAAUCCAUUAUGAGAAAUAUCACAAUCAGUCAGCCUCAGAUAUGUUCACACCCUCUCUGAGUAAUUUUGCCUCCUUCAGAGAAACGGAGCCGAUUGCUGAAUGCAGCAGCAGUAAUAUGUCAAGCACUGCUAAAGUCCAGGAGGUGAGUGAGUUGGACUUUGCCCUCUCUCAGUUACCCAUCAAUAAGCCAGAGAAACACGCUGUGUUCAAGUGUCAGCUUUGCAAGUACUUCUGCUCCACAAGGAAAGGCAUUGCCCGCCACUACCGCAUCAAGCACAACAAUGUGCGCGCUCAACCAGAGGGUAAAAACAACGUCUUUAAAUGUGCAUUGUGCUCUUACACAAACCCUAUCCGCAAAGGCCUGGCCGCACACUACCAAAAGCGCCACGAUAUCGAUGCCUAUUACACUCAUUGCCUGGCUGCCUCCAAGACGAUGAGCGAUAAGCCCACCAAAGUGAUUGCUCAGCCGCCAUCAGAUGGGGAAUGCUCAGAAAUGAGCGAGGAGUUGCGUUUGGCGGUAGAGAGGCGGCGAUGUAACCUCUGCGGAUUCCAGGCCUUCAGCAGGAAGAGCAUUGUUUCGCACUACAUAAAACGCCACCCUGGCGUCUUCCCCAAGAAGCAGCAUUCCAGCAAACUCGGCCGCUACUUCACCGUUAUUUACGCUAAAGAGCCUGAGAAGGCUGAGGAAGGCUUGCCGGAAGAAGAGGACAAAGAGGUGUUGGAGGUCCCGCUACAGCCGGAGGAGGACGGUGAUGAUGACUGGCUUCCUUUCAAGUGUCUGAAAUGCUACCGGUUGUUCUUUAGCACGGGGCAGCUGCUAUCUAUGCACUACAAUGACCAUCACAGCGUAGACCUUAAGAGGGAUUUCUUGGUGUCAUCCACCCCUGAGGAUGAGGAGUCUGAGUUAUACGAAUGCUCCCACUGUGAAUUGAAGUUUACGGGUCUACCUGAUCUGGCCGAUCAUCUACUGCAGCACAAUGAGGAGUUUGAGAAGAGAGUUAUGAGACUGGAGAGGAAGAAGCAGGUUCUUGGCAAGCAGAAAGGAACAGAGCCGCCGGAUAAUAAACAUGAGAAGGAAAGCCUUGCAAAUAAAACCCCCAUAGGAUUCAGGUGCAACUUCUGCGUGGAGAUCCACCCGACCCUCCGAGCCAUCUGCAACCACCUUAGGAAGCACGUCCAGUAUGGAGAAGCCAAACGGGGUCGUGUCAAGCAGGAAGUCGCCGACGUACCCCUGACUGUGCCCUCACACACUCUAACCAACGGCGUCCUGGAAGAGGACGAAGCAGCCGAAGUCGACGGCACCGACGGACCCGAAACCUCAUCGUUCUCCCCUCCGUUUUCAACUCGUUCCGCCGAUCAGAACGUUGACGGCGUCGAACUGGAGACCCUGGAUCCGGACGCGGAGGUGGAGGGACGGGCGGCCGCCCUCGUGGCUGCCGCCAGAGCCACGACGUCGGGGACCCAGCUGAAUCACCGGCUGGCAACCGGGGGCCACGCGUGCUCCCAGUGCGACCGGGUCUUCAUGUCCAUGCAGGGGCUGAGGUCUCACGAGAGGAGCCAUUCGGCCAUGGCUCUGUUCAACAAAGAGGACAAAUACAGCUGCCAGUACUGCCAUUUCGUCUCACCCUUCAGACACAACCUGGACAGACAUGUGCAGUCUCACCAUGGUCACCACAAGCCGUUCAAGUGCAAGUUCUGCCCCUUUAAGUCUGCCUACGCGAGUCGCUUGAAGAGCCACCUGCAUAAGGCCCACACAGGUGAGCAGUACACAUACAAGUGCUUGUCCUGCCCAUUCUCCUCUAUGACCAUCAGCCAGCUGAAGGAGCAUUCUCUGACGGACCACGGCGAGGUUCUGACCCUCCCGAAACUCCGAGCUGCCACCCAGGCUGCGCACGCUGCUAUCAGGCUCCCCCGACAGGCUGCGCACACUGACCAUUCUCAUCUGACCACAGAUGAUCCGUCGGACCUGGAGCCAGCUGAUGUUUGCGAGGAGCUCACUCGCUACAAGCUGGCUUCCCGGAGUCAGAUGUCUUCCAACUUCCAACCCGGCAGCUCCACGCCGUGCGGCUUGCUCACGUGCGAGUUCUGCGAGUUCAGCUCCGGGUACAUGCAGAGUCUGCGGCGGCACUACAGGGACCGCCACGGCGGCAAGAAGCUCUUCAAGUGCAAAGACUGCUCCUUCUUCACCUGCUGCAAGGAUAACUUUUCACUGCAUGUCGAGGCUGGUCACAACAACAGCGGAAGCGGGGAUUUACCUAAGGAACUGCAUUGCCCUCUCUGCCUCUACCACACCAAACACAAGAGCAACAUGAUUGACCACAUUGUUCUGCACAGAGAAGAUCGUGUGGCUCCUCUGGAGAUCAGCCGCUCCAAGCUGUCGCGUCACCUAGAGGGCCUUGUGCUUCGCUGCCACAAGUGCACCUUCACAUGCUCAAGUGACCAUGCCCUGCAGCUCCAUCUGCAGAAGCAUGACGAGCUUAAGCCCUACCAGUGCCAGCUCUGCUACUAUGACAGCAGCCGCAGCAGCCAGCUAGAGGAGCACCUUCGCCUUGAGCACAAGGUCAUCCGUAACUUCGAGCUGAUGGGCCGAGUCAACCUGGAUCAGCUGGAGAUGCUGAACGAGCAAGAGAGCAGCGCAGAGGAGGAAGCUGAGAGUGAAAUUCUGGAGAUGGUGGCGGACGGAGAGGCCACCAUGCAGGGGGAGGAAGAGGAGGAGGACGAAGAGGAGGUGGACGACGAUGACGACGACGGAAUGGAAAUCAUCGAGAACAUGGUGGAUGACCAGGAGGAGACGGAUGACAAAGGCAGGGAGGAAAACAUCAGAGAGGACGGGGAGAAUGAGGCGGUGGAGGAAGAGGAGCAAGAAGAGGAAGAACUGCAGGAGGAGGAGGAAGAUGAUGAAGAAGAAGAAGAAGAGGAGGAGGAGGAACAAGAAGUCAAGGAGGUAGUGAAGGAAAACACUGUCCCGCAAGAAGUCCUCGCGUCUCCCAGCAGCACCAGCUCUGGGCCAAGCGGCGGAGAGAAGCGACUUCCCUGCGAGUUCUGUGGCCGCUGCUUCACCAACAGCCUGGAAUGGGAGAGGCACGUCCUGCGACACGGCAUGGUAGUUAACAACAUGCGCCUGGACACCGGCUCCACGUCAGCUGCUGAGGCCUCGGCUCCGUCCUCCAGUGACUCCUCUGUUAACGCGGACUCGAGACUGGACCCGGCCAGUAACGGCAAAGAGGAAGAAGAUCCCACUGAUCUCUCACUGACUAGUCAGAGCCAGUAUGUGGAGGACAAAGAAAUGCUUCACACCAAAACGGAUCAACAGUCUCCUUGAACUGAUUGUAGCGACUUCAUGCUUAAAACAAUUGGGAAAAAUCAGCGCAGAAGCCUUUGGGAGGUUAAAAUUUAAAGAAAAGUGACUUUUAUCAGUUGGUGCAUUAGUAGAUUUUUUUUUUUUUUUUUUUUUUAGGUGUUACAUAUAUAAGUAUUAGGUUGUGCUGCAUAAAAAAUAAAAAACGUCUGAGCCCCUUUAAAUGGGCAGUCCCCUUGGACAGAACUUAAUAUAUUGGUAACCAAUAGUGAACAGAACUCUUUUAUCGCUGACAUUCUGGUCACAUCCACCAAGAAAGAUCCCUACCUUGACGAAACCAAGCUAUUUAUGAAGAAUAUUGUCCAAAUCUAAAGUUAGCAUUUUAUUAUUUCCAGCAUCUUUUGCUUCCAGGUUUGGUGAAUUUUACCUUUUUAAACCAACGAUGGGUGAAAGAGGUAAUCGUUUGCCCCAGUGAACAGCGACCAGUUCUUACUCCUUGGUGAAAAUUUUGGACUUUUUUUUUCCCAUCCUGUGUUAAAUGUGUGGGAAUAUUCCUUAGAAAUAAUGGCACCUUAACCUAUGUUAGUAUGAAUCAAAAGUCAUCUUUUCCUCAUUUUAGAGAUUUUCAACAUUUUUUCCAGCCUUUGUAGCAAAUUGCUAUAAUCUAGGUCCCUUUAUAUUAUAUUAUACUGAGUAUAAGCCUUCAACCUGUGAUGCCCGGCUCCUUUAACUUUAACUUUUUGUUUGUCCUAUUGGUGAAUUUACACAACUCCCCGUUUAUCCCUGUCAGAUUCAUGUUGCUAAUAGACCUAGAGAUAUGUUUCACGUGUCAUAUCUGUAUUCAUGUCCACUCAGAAAUGAGCUGCAACUGGCUUAAAAAAAAAAGAUGGCCUCUUGACCAAGGCAGAUUACACUUGUCUUUUCAGUGCUGAUGGUUGGAUUAGGUGUGUGCAACCACAUCUGUAGAGACCCAGACAGCAUGGAUCGAACCACAGGUUCACUGGGUUACACCGUGCACAGAAUCAGACCACAGUGGGUUCAGACCUCGUCUGUGUUUUGAAACCAGUGCCUUACAAUAAAACUCCUCUACUGGCAAAUAUACCAAAUAGCUAAGUUCUUUAACGAAACCUAGAGUUUUAAUACAAAUACACACGUGUUUAUCUAUGUUGCUGUCCCCUCCCCGCCUCCCGCAGUUGAAGACUUCUAUUGGUCAGACAUAGCAAUCUCCUUGCUCACUCGAUAUUGGAAAGAGAGACACCAGUCCAGUGGCAUUUCAGUCCUCCAUUAUCCCGGCCUGAAGCCCCCAUGGCCUCCAUGAUCUUAGCGAUCGUUCCAAUGCUGCUGAGUCACUGCAGAUCUUGAGCCUGCAGGGAACAUUCCACAUGCUGGCUGAUUUGGAGUAUCAUAGUCCAGUCUUAGAGUAGUGAGAGCUGGUCUAAUGCAUCCUCAGCUCAACAGUCAGAUUUCUGUUGUCAUGUUUAUUGAUACAUUUGGCUGAAAUAUAGUUAGUAAGGCUUAAACACGUUAACAUUCGGGAAGGUUACACCCAGACAAUACCAUUCAUUAAAAAAUGCAGUUUGCAGUCUUAAGUUUUUAUUUUUUUAUUUUUUUAAGACUUAGAUUCAAUUCUGAGGAAUAAAAGAGAAAUUUUCUGCAACAUUAUGUCCGUUUGGGGUUUGAUUAGCAGCCAGCUUUGCUUUUCUUUAGAUGCCUCCAGUUUUUUUCUUUUUUUUUAAUAAUUGGCUUGCAAGUCCUUAAAAAUCAUAUAAUAAAUUUAGGGUGGAAGCAGUUCCUGUUCCGUUUUGAAAAGAAAAAUCACAGAAAAGACAAGUGUAAGCAAAACAUAAAGUUCCAGAUACACAUAUGCCUGACUUUUCAUGAGGUAAAAAAAUACUGUUAAACUCUGAUUCUAUGUUGAUAAACAUGUAGUAGUCCACUUUUUUGUGCUGUUUUUUUUUAUAUAUAUAUUAUUAUUUUUAUUUUUACGAUGGUUUAUCUUGUUCUUGAAAAAAAGCAGAGAUUGUAUUUGUUGGAAGUUGCUGCUUAAAUGCCCUGAAGCCUUAUGAGACAAUGAUUCUGUUCAAUUUGUGUCCAAUUUGAGAAAAACCGACAGGAAACGGUGAACAAUCUGUGAUUUAAAAAAAAAAAAAAAAAAAAAAAACAGCGGAUAGCUCUGAUUUUAAAAUUUGUUCAGGAGCACAACCAACGAGGCUGUGUUCUCGGUACCAAAAUAUUUAUGAAGCCUGCUGUGUUUGCUGCUGUACUUGUCUUUUUUUUAUUAUUAUAAUAAUAAUUAUUAUUAUUAUUAUUAUUUGCAUUGAACUGUCAAUGUAGAUGGUGAAUUCUAGGUUUGGACCUUGGAAUCUUUGGAUUAUAAUUCAACAUGUAGGAACCCAGGAAAGCUACAUGUUUGCAGCCAUGUAUAGAAAACAAAACUCCUUGUUAAGUGUGUGAACUGUGGUGUUCCAGAAAGGAUUAAUCAACCCUGUUUUCCUUUGAGUGUUUUUUUUAUUAUUAUUAUUUUUAUUUUUCAGGGGAAGAAAAAAAAUAUGAAGAUAACCUUUAGAGACUUUUGAAUCUCAAUUCCAACGUUAUCGAGCUGUUGUACAACGUCUGGUUGCUAAUUUUUUGUGCAGCAAAGGAGUAGAAAGGAAGCAUAAAAGGAAACUUAUGCAGUUCUCAAUAAUCGGGCAGGGAUGUUAGUGUGGCGAAUGAAGAGAUGAGGCACGCAAAUAGUACAUUUGGAAGCACGAACCGCUUGGGUCCUCUCCCUGAGCUUCGCCACCAUGUGGGUUCUUAGUCAGCCGAUAGAUGUAGCCGGUCCACGUCUCCGAAAUCGUGUCGCUCCACUGUGUUCUCUUGGUUAACAGGAACGGUGACGACUUGUUUAGACCACGUCUGCCUGCUCAUAAUCUCAUGAUCUUUCCAGUCAACAAGAAGUGAAGAAAGCAGCCCUUAUCUGCUCCUCAGUUCCUGAAAUAGCUUAAAUCCAGUUGAGUUGGUGCUCAGUUUUAAAAGCUGUUCUCCCAUUUUGUAGAACAAACUUGCCUCCCCUCCCAGAAGGGGAAAAGCCCGUUGGAAGUAGUUGUCGUAGGAAUACAGUUUUAUUGCCCGGCCCGGCGUAAACCAGAGGAUGAGUCUGGACAAGUGUGGCCAUGAAGCUGUUGGCCUGGUAUAGUUCGUUGUUCCGUGAUGAUCUUUGAUGAAUCCUUCACUGUGUUCAGGAUCCAGACUGUAAAAAUCCCCAGUUUACCAAAUGUCCCCGCCCCUGCUGAAGACACACUGGAUACUUGUAUAUAUGUUUAGUUUGUUUCAAAAAGCAUUUCUCUUUUCAGACUGUUGUCUCCAUAGUUUGAAACUAGAAUCUCUCCUUGCCUUUUUUUUCCUAUAUACAUCUGAUUACCUGAUGGUGGGUUGUGAUGUUGCCUAGAAUGAUUGUUUACAAUUUUAUUCCAUUUAUCUCUGGAUAUUCUGUAAAUAUUGUAAUUCAUUGUCUUUUUUUAACUUGAUAAUAAAGUUAUCAGAAUACUGAA